UAAUGCUUAUUGCACGUGUUUAUUUUGAUUCCCACAUAAUUUAAAAGAUUUAUGUAAUUAAUAUAAUAUAUAAGUGUACUUCAAAAUGAAACCAAAAAAAGUUGCACAGAAGCCUUCCUUGUCCUAUACAAGUAAUAAAAAUUAUUAUAAAACUCCUAAAACUGCCAAUCCGAGUCUACAAUGCCUUGGGACACCACACAUAGAAUCAUUCAACUACUUGGUUGAAGACGGCUUAAAAGCCGCUGUUGCUGAUUUAAUACCGGCAGAAUUUGAUACGCCUGGUGGAGAUAGAAUAAAAAUAGCUAUAGAAGAAGCCACUUUCUCUAAACCCAGCAUUCCACUUGAUGUUGUGGGUAUUAAAUCGCAGCAAAUUUAUCCAACAGAAUGCAGGCAAAGAGGUGUGACUUACAAAGGUGAAUUUAAGAUACGAUUGAUAUUGAGUAUCAAUGGUAAAGAAAUGAUAAUGGAUAAGACAUUGGGCUACCUACCUAUAAUGGUUAAGUCCAAACUGUGCCAUUUAUCUGGGAUGUCACCUGAGGAUCUUGUUGAACACAAUGAACAUGCUGAGGAGUGGGGAGGUUAUUUUGUUGUAAAGGGACAUGAGCGGCUAAUCCGCAUGUUGCUAGCAACUAGGAGGAAUUAUCCAGUUGCAAUCAAACGGCCUUCAUGGAAAAUGAGAGGCAAUUUGUUCACUGAAUAUGGUAUAUUUGUGCGCAGUGUUAAAGCUGAUCAAACAGUUAGGACAAAUGUAUUACAUUUCUUACAAAAUGGCACUUGCAAACUGAUGUUUGUGCACAACAAAAGGAUGUACUUUGCUCCUUUGAUUUUGAUCCUGAAAUGUUUAGUGGAUUGGCCAGAUCAUUAUAUCUACAGAUUACUUUUGCAUGGAAAGAAAAAUGAUUUGUAUUAUGUGAAUUGCAUCCAAAACAUGCUCCGAGAGCUGCACGAGGAAGAACUCCACACAUCAGAAGAAUGUCUUUCAUAUCUAGGACGCAUGUUCAGACCAAAACUAUAUGAGCUUCCACUUUGGUGUACUGAUGAAGAGGCAGCCGUUUACCUGCUAAACCAAAGUCUGAUGAUUCACCUACCAAAUCAUAAGGACAAGUUUUACAGUCUUGUUUUUAUGGCACAAAAGCUAUUUGAUUUGGUGCAGAAUAAAUGCAAAGUGGAAGGUGCUGAUUCUGUAAUGACACAAGAGUUGGUAUUAGGAGGCCACUUGUACCUUCAGAUAUUGAAGGAACGGCUGCAGUCUAUAAUCGUUGGGUUAAAGUUUCAGUUUCGUAGAAAAGGUUCGACCAAAAAUCUCGAAAUUUCUACGACUCAACUCUCUCAAAUGAUACGCAUGACCGGCAACCUGGAGACUAAGAUGGAAAUGUUCUUAGCCACGGGAAACGCGCCAUCCAGCAAUGUAAAUCUCACUCAAUACAAGGGGCUUACCAUCGUCGCUGAGAACAUCAACAGAUUACGAUAUAUGUCGCAUUUCAAGUCUAUCCACCGCGGAUCAUUCUUCAUGGAGAUGCGUACGACUGAGGCGCGACAGCUGUUGCCCGACGCGUGGGGCUUCGUGUGUCCGGUGCACACGCCUGACGGUGCGCCCUGUGGCCUGCUUAACCAUCUCACCAUGACUGCACAGGUAUCGCAGAAUCCUGAUCCAAAGCAAAUAGAGUCACUAAUAUACGUGUUGGAAAGAAGCGGGAUGGAACCAAUAAGCGUAAUAGCGCAGACGCCAAUCGCUUAUGAUGUUUACAAAUACCCUGUGUUCCUCGAUGGGCGACUACUCGGGUACCUGGCUGAGGACAUAGUUGUCAAGUCGAUUACAUACCUUCGCAGCCUCAAGGUCAAGGGCGAGCAGAUCCCCAUCACUACCGAGAUCGUCCUUAUACCGAAGAAACAAAUUUGUUCGCAAUACGCGGGCGUGUUCCUGUUCACGACCGAGGCUCGCAUGAUGCGGCCCGUCAUCAACUUGGUAACAGGAAGCUUGGAGCUGAUAGGCACGUUGGAGCAGGUGUACUUAGAUAUUGCAGUCACGAAGGAGGAAAUCUAUAAAGGCCUAACAACUCAUUUGGAACUGUCAAAAACAGCUUUCAUGAGCAAUUUAGCGCAACUGAUCCCAAUGCCAGACUGCAACCAAUCACCGCGUAAUAUGUACCAGUGUCAAAUGGGUAAGCAGACAAUGGGUACCCCAGUCCACAUAUGGGAUAAGUUGGGCCCUGGCAAACUGUUUCGGCUGCAGACUCCAGCGACGCCGCUAUUUCGGCCCGCGCACUACGACAACAUCGGUCUCGACGACUAUCCUCUCGGCACCAACGCCAUCGUCGCUGUCAUCUCUUACUCGGGUUAUGACAUGGAAGACGCAAUGAUAAUCAACAAAUCAGCGUACGAACGGGGCUUCGCGGCUGGUUACAUUUACAAGUCAGAAUUCGCGUACCUGCCUAACAUGACUUCGUUCUUUCAACGCGAUCCUAACAAGCCGGAACUCAAUGACUACAUGGACGUGGAUGGAUUACCACCAGUCGGUGCCAGGAUACAAUACAAUGAUCCGUAUUACUGUUACUUUAAUACUGAGAAAAGUCAAUUCAACGUAUGUCGGUAUCACGGCAAAGAGGAGGUGUUUGUGGAGAGUGUGAGACUUUGUGGAGACCUUAGUUUCAAGACUGCGACUAAAGCUUGCAUCGUGAUGAGAACACAGCGUAAUCCAACUGUAGGCGACAAAUUCGCAUCUCGCGCUGGCCAAAAGGGUAUCUGUUCCCAACGUUGGGCGGCCGAGGACCUCCCGUUCACGGAAUCUGGGCUCAUACCUGAUAUACUGUUCAACCCUCACGGCUUCCCGUCGCGCAUGACCAUCGCUAUGAUGAUCGAGUGUAUGGCUGGCAAAGCGGCCAGUGUGCACGGACAUGUGCACGAUGCGACCCCGUUCCGAUUCAACGAGAAGGAUACAGCAAUAGGAUACUUCGGGCGACUGCUGGAGGCAGCCGGGUAUGAUUACUAUGGCACUGAGCGCGUCUACAGCGGCGUGGACGGCCGCGAGAUGGAGGCCGACGUGUUCUUCGGCGUCGUACACUAUCAGCGGCUGCGGCACAUGGUCUCCGACAAGUGGCAGGUGCGGACGACGGGUGCAGUGGAUGCGCUGACGCGACAACCUGUGAAGGGACGUCGGCGUGGUGGUGGCGUGAGGCUCGGUGAGAUGGAGAGAGAUGCACUGCUGUCUCACGGCGCCUCAUUCCUGCUGCAGGACCGCUUACUGCAUUGUUCCGAUGAAAGUCAGGCAAUUCUGUGUACAAAGUGCGGUACACUACUGGGUCCAAUAGUGGGCAAGAUUGAGGGGAGCAAGGACACCUGCCGACUGUGUCAGGAGGGCAACCUGGUUACAGUCUCCAUACCUUACAUAUUCAAAUUAUUUGUAACACAACUAGCAGCUGUUAAUAUUAAUAUUAAGAUUAAUUGUAAUACUAAUUUAGCAAUAAAAAGUUGUUAAUCAAGUACAA